GCUAUUGGUGUAGAAAAAUCAAUAUUUAAAGAAAAUUUUAUGAGCUAUUUAGAAGGAAAAGGAUAUAAAGUUUAUCAUCCAGUCAAAGUAUCUUUAUUACUUGAUGAUAAAUUAAAGCUUUUCUAUAAAGAUCCAAAAAAUAAUGCUUUAUUUUUUCAAUAUGUGAUUCUUAAUUUCUACAAGAAACAAGCUAUAGAAAUUAAUAUAAUUGAUUCAUAUGAUUUUGUAAUACUUGAUCAAACACAUAUUGAUACUGAAGUUUUUACAUUAAUAAAUACUGAAGAUGAAGAAGUUGUCGAUUUUUUAGGGAAAAAAGACAAGAAAUUAAAAUAG